CCUAUGGGCUGUGCGCGUGAGUGGCGUGUGUGUACACCUCACCGAGUUGGAAAGACUGGGAAGUUGACGUCUCCAUCUCAACAUCUCUUCAUCAUGUUGAUUUGAAUGAUGCUCUGUUUAUUGUAUUGAUCUUUUGCGUCGUUUUUGUUGUAUAUCGUUAUUGCUAUUCAUGUUCUAGUAUUUGUUUUUUGACGGCAUGACGAAGUUCAGCACUAAUUGUACACUUCCUCCCGAUAUCAUCAACUAUGUAACGCAACCGAAUACUCGCGGCACUGUCGAUAUCCUGUUAACAUGUCUUACAACAAUAGUCUUAUGUACUUGGUCGAUUCAGCAUCCGAAUGUUCCUGCAUAUAUACAAAACCGGGGGUGGAGAGACUACGUAAAGAGAACUCUCACACAGUUCAAGUUGAUGAUUUUUUCGAUAUUUGCACCGGAGUUCUUGCUCUUGACGGCGUUUGGCGAUUUGUCGUGUGCGAUAGCUUUGACGAAACAGUUUGGGAGCGUUGCGGAGAAGGAUGGAGUCGAAUGGAGUCUGGUUCAUUCGUUCUUUAUUAAUAUGGGAGGGUUUGUGAUUUUGUUCAGUGAGGAAACGCCAAAAGCACCACUACCUCAGGUUAAACCUCAGAUUCCUGCAGGUUCUUCUGGUUCAUACAAGUUAGAGAGCCAGAUCUCGAAAGCGACGACAAGUGAAAGCAUACUAUCUGCCACGGAGACAAACAAUGAAGAUGACCUGGAAAACGCAUUGCCGAAGUCAACAGCGGUCGCGGUCGCAACACCCAAAGAGUCCAAAGCGUCCAAAGAAUCCAAAGCACCACCGAAGAAACCAAAACAACCUCCAAACAAGAGAGUGGCACACAUAUUGAGCGUCGCGGACAGGCGCUGCAAGCCAAAGACCGACAAGAACUCUCUCCUGGUAGAAGAAAUCAUCGCAGAUCUGAAGCAACAGUUCUACUCGGGAGACGACAUAAACAUCAUUCCGGCCGAUCUGGCAGACAUACUUUACAACCUCAUCCGUCUGCGAGGUACUCACUGGGCCCUCGAUGGCCCCCAGCUCCUGCUCGCUCGAGAGCUUGGCAUCGUUAAGAAGAUUCCCGGCAUCACUUCCGAUGAGAUAGACGACAUAGCCAAAGGCGACCUGUUAGCUAAAAUCCUGGCUAUCGUUCACGUCACCUGGCAAAUCGUCCAAUUGAUCAUGCGCAAAGCAGAAAGUCUGCCUUCUUCUCAAUUUGAAGUCGUCACUGUAGCGUUUUCGGUUUGCGCAUUUUGUACUUACCUCCUGUACUGGAAUAAACCGCAGAACAUAGCUGCUCCGCGUUUUGUGAAGGCAGAUAGAUGUCCGACGAAGGAGGAGGUGCUGGAGUUGGCUAGGGCGGGUCCGGCGUAUGUCGCUGGUGUUUUUCCUGGAGAUGAUUACUCGAUGCCUGGACAUGCUUUGCAUUCUGAUUUGAAAGGUGCGAGGCAAAAGUUCGAAGGCGGGAUCUUGGGCUGGGCGGGAGGUAUUCUCGGGGGGAUGUUGUUUGGUCUGUUGCAUUGUGCUGCGUGGGAUUAUCACUUUCCGACGCCGGUAGAGGGAUUGCUGUGGAGAAUUGCAGCGGUGGUUACGGCUGCUUGGCCUUUGAUCUAUGGUGCGAGGGCCUUGGUUGUCUCGCCAGUCGAGAAUGAUGGACAGAGCAGGAAGAAUGGAUUGAGGAGAAAGGUACUUGGAUAUAUGGGCCCGGUCACGAGGGUCUUGGGAUUUGGUAUUGCUUUUGUGUAUGUUUUGGCGAGGCUAUAUCUGCUAGUGGGGACUUUUAGAUCUUUGUUUUUCCUUCUGCCAGCAACAUUUAAGAAUAGCUAAGAAUAAUUCAAUCUUUCUCAGAAGCUCGUCGCA